AUGGCCAUAGGUUUACCCAUGAACGAUCCACUUCCUCGAGCGUCUAUUUCGCCUUCGAAGAGACAGUCUCUCAAAGCACACCGAACAAAAUAUAUAACAAAGGUCUUUGAUGAGGUAUUGUUUGACACUACAGAAAAUCAGUUCCUAAUACCAGUUGAAACCAACAAUUACGAGACCACAAGCUUCAAUUGUGCCUUUUCGUUACUUUCUGAAGUCGAUCUUGCUGUUUAUAUAAAUGCCUCUAGAAUAGUAGCCGACUUUGCUGGCGCGACUGUUUCCCGUGAGCCUUUGUCCGACAGCCUGUGCAUGCACAUUAUCUCAAAGGAGAAAAAGCGUUACCAGAUUUUUUGCACACAACCAACUGAUCAGUUUUGCAACGAGUUUGAGCUCGUAGAGUCUACAUUGGUUGGAAACCUAACUUCGAGCCUCGUUGAGUUGGCGGUUGAUCUGGGACUAGCAAAGUUUGCAAUAACAGACUAUACGCACUGGAUUUUCUAUUCGUUGCACAAACAUGAUGGAAAGGUUAUUCUCGUUGUCAAGAGCGUGCACCAUGAAUCAGUUGACCCGACCAUUAGGUCCGCCUUAUUGAUUCAAUUGAUGUUUGGGAAUAAUAGCACUAGAACCCAAGAAGAAUUGAGCAUGAGAAGAGAACUCGGUAGGUUUGUGGAGUGCUUGAAGGGUCCAGAAGCCAGCUUAUACCCGCGAUUCGAGUUUGGACCUGUCUCAAUGAGUAGGCAGAAACCCCUCAUAGAAGUUCGCCUUCUGAAAGACGGCCCAACACCUGAAGGACUGAUUGACCUUUUACAUGACAAUGUCGAAAUCAUGUAUUUGCAGAAAUAUGGUACAUCGUCUCAGUUGGUGAGUAUCGACGGUACGAGGAUGGUUCUCAAAACUUUCGCCAAUGUUCAGACGUGGCUCAAGGUCUUGGAUGUAUACACUAAAUGGCUCUCCACGCUUCAAGGCCGAACAUUGCCAUACUUGUAUGCUCCAGUAACUUCCGAUCCCUUUCGUGGCAAUUGUAGACGCCAGCUAGGACUGCUGCUGGAGUACGUUGAGGGAAUACCUUUGUCAAUGUGGCUCCAACAACCGUUUAUUCCGCGGCAUUUAUCUGUAGCCGAGGCAAAGCAACUAGUCCAGGCUAACUGUAUGAUGUCCUUGCAAACAGUACACUCGCAUAAUGUUGCAAAUGGAGCUAUCGAAAGCACGUUCAUGGUUCACACAUUAGACCUCUCGGUUUCAAUGAUCAACUGGGAUUCGGCAAGGUUUGGAGGCACACUCGAGCGCGACAAUCGAAACCUCAAACGAUGGUUUAAAUAUGAAGACUGA